AUUUCAGUGCAAUGUGUGUCCUAGGAUCGACGCGAAGUUGUUUAUUUUGGUUUAACAUUUGUGAAGAUUAUUCUCAACUGGAAGUACGGUCACUGUUUGCUGACAUCCGACUGCGAGGUCCCCCGCCAUGUCUCUGCUGAAGCGGGAGGUGGAGGAGCUCCGCCCCUGGGUGGAGCACACGGUGAAGAAGGUGCUGGGCUUCUCGGAGCCCACCGUCGUCACGGCGGCGCUGCACUGCGUGGGCAAAGGCCUGGAUAAAAGGAAAACCACAGACCAGCUUCGGCCCUUCCUUGAUGACUCAGCGGGGGGGUUCGUGGAGAGGCUGUUUGAAGCGUUGGAGGAGGGACGCAGCUCCCGUGGCAGCAAGAGUGACGGUGAGAAGAGUCGCAAGAGGGACCUGAAGGAUGUGUUUGGGGAGGACACGGAGGCCGGCCAGGACCCGCCUGCUGCGCCAGAGGGAGUCGCGAAGAAGAAGCGAGUGCCUCGUUUCGAGGAGGUGGAGGAGCCGAAGGUGCUGCCAGGACCCCCAGCGGAGAGCCCGGGCAUGCUCACUAAGAUGCAGAUUAAGCAGAUGAUGGAAGCGGCGACGCGGCAGAUCGAGGAGAGGAAGAAGCAGCUGAGCUUCGUGGCUCCUGUGCCUGCCCCCCCGAGAGUGCCUCCACUCACUGCACCCCAGCCAGAGGCCCCGCCUUCUCUCCUCCUUCCGUCUGCCCAAGCCGCCUCCCAGUCCAUCGCCCCCUCUCAGGCUGCCACCUUCAUGAACGAUGCCAUUGAGAAGGCCCGGAAAGCAGCGGAGCUGCAGGCUCGCAUCCAGUCCCAGCUGGCCCUCCGGCCUGGCAUCCUGGGGGCGCUGGGGGCCGGCUCACACAACCUGGUCGCCCUCGCCAACCUGCACGCCAUGGGCAUCGCCCCCCUCAAGGUGGAAGCCCGUGAGGUGACGAAGCCGACCCCCCUGAUCCUGGACGAGCUCGGCCGCACUGUUGAUGCCAGCGGCAAGGAGGUGGAGCUCACGCACCGCAUGCCCACGCUGAAAGCUAACAUCCGGGCGGUGAAGCGGGAGCAGUUUCGGCAGCAGCUGAAGGAGCGCCCGGGGGACGACCUGGAGUCCACCUCCUACUUCGACCACCGCGUCGCCAUUGCCCCCCCGCAGCGCCCCCGCAAGGGCUUCCGCUUCCACGAGAAGGGCCGCUUUGAGAAGAUCGCGCAGCGCAUCCGCACCAAGGCGCAGCUGGAGAGACUGCAGACAGAGAUAGCUCAGGCUGCUAAGAAGACAGGCAUCCAGGCCUCCACUAAGCUGGCCCUCAUUGCCCCGAAGAAAGAUCUGGGGGAGGGGGAGGUGCCCGCCAUUGAGUGGUGGGACUCCUACAUUCUGCCCUCCAACACGGAGCUCGCCCCAGGAAUAGACUUUGUGAGCAUGGAGUUAUUUGGGGUCACAAACCUGGUGGAGCACCCUACUCAAAUCAGCCCCCCAGUGGACAAAGACAAGCCGGUGACCCUGGGAGUGUACCUGACCAAGAAGGAACAAAAGAAACUGAGGCGACAGACGCGCCGAGAGGGGCAGAAAGAGCUGCAGGAGAAAGUUCGGCUGGGACUUAUGCCCCCUCCAGAGCCCAAAGUACGCAUCUCCAAUCUGAUGCGGGUCUUGGGCACCGAGGCAGUGCAAGACCCCACCAAGGUGGAAGCCCAUGUCCGAGCGCAGAUGGCCAAGAGACAGAGGGCCCAUGAGGAGGCAAACGCAGCCCGCAAGCUGACGGCAGAGCAGCGGAAAGAGAAGAUGGUAAAGAAGCUGAAGGAGGACUUGAGUCAGGGGGUCCACAUUGCAGUUUACAGGAUCAGGAACCUGACUAACCCAGCCAAGAAGUUCAAGGUGGAGGCCAAUGCUGCCCAGCUGUACCUCACUGGGACUGUGGUUUUACACAGAGACGUCAACAUUGUGGUGGUGGAAGGAGGUCCCAAAGCCCAGAAGAAGUUUAAGAAACUGAUGCUCAGCAGAAUCAAAUGGGAUGAACAGGCCAACUCCAAAAGAGAAGAUGCUGAGGGCUCUGACGAUGAGGGGGGCGUGAAGAAGAACAAGUGCGUUCUGGUCUGGGAGGGUACGGCAAAGGAGCGCAGUUUUGGGGAGAUUAAAUUCAAGCAAUGUCCCACAGAAAACAUGGCCAGAGAGCACUUCAAGAAGCAUGGCACAGAGCACUACUGGGACCUGGCCCUGAGUGAGAGCGUGCUGGAGACCACUGACGACUGAGGGGCGGCCCUGGGGGGGGUGGGCGUGAUGGGCGUGGCUGAGAGUGGGUGUGAGUGUGUGUGUCUUGAGGGCGGGCCUCAAAGACUGAGAGUCUGCAUGGAGAACAAAAUAGACUCAAAUCAUUGUUUGUGUAAGGUGAGGUUUGGGAGAGUCAGUUUGUUUGUCUAUAAUGCACUGGAAUCCAGGAACGUUUGAGGGACAGUGGCUAUCCGAGAUGGGGGAUUGGUCAUGUGUUGGGGAGAGAAAGAAUAUGGGCAUGUACAAUGGUGAAUCUGUAUUGAUGUCUCUUUGAGUAUAUCCCUCUGGCAGUGUGUAUCAGUCCCUCUGUCAGUCAGAGGGUGUAGAAUCUGCGACCUGCCUAAUAACGUCCUAACUCAGCUACAAUAUCUUGUUCAUGUUCUUUGAUGCUGUUCCUGGAGUAAUAGAUAAAAUAAGCCUCUAGUGUUAUUUAUAGAAAAAUUAUCACUGUACUGUACAGAGUUUGAGCCUGUUUUGCUUCUUCACUGUAUAAUCAGGAAUAUGGCAAACCAUCAGUGUGAAAAAUUGUUUUCUGUAGUGUGCUAACAAUGAAACACUUCACCAAAGAAUACAGGAUUUAGUUUCUGCCAGUUUAAAUGUUAUUCAAUUACCACUCAGCUAGGAGCUGUGGGAAAUUGUAUAACGAAAUGAUAACUACAUAUUGACCAUAGGGCUUGCAUUUUUAUGUUUUUUUUCCUCCACUACAAACACUUACUUUUAAGAUCUAAGUGCUUUCUAAUCACAAUAUUUUUACGUCUGUCAGAGGCAGGCUAAAUUGUGAAAUGUUCAGCAUCACUAGUUCUUGGUAUCAUUCUUAUCAUAUAUCCUUGGCAGUGCACAGCUACAGAUGGGAAAUGCCUUAGAUGGGAGAAAUCAAGGGCUAUUAAAUUACACUGCAAAAAGAAGAAAAACUUUGUGGCAUUGAUUUCACAUCCAGAAUUUGAAUGAACGCAGGUGGGUUUCACUACACUAGUACUAAGGUGAAACACUGACUGAAACGACUCAGUUGCCAGUUCCAUCACAAAAGGUUCAUGAUGACUGACUUCAUUCAUUUUCAUUAUUCAGUCACCAUUCACAUUAGUUAUUUUAAGUCAAGAAGUUAUCCAGCUGUACCUGACAUUGAGGAAACAACACAUCAUGACACAAAUUAACACAGAAAAUGCAAACCUUCCCCGUGACACAUUUGCACACAGUAAAAGCUGCUG